ACCAUAGCAUUGCUCGAGGGCGCCAGUUCCUCCAUGGUGAGGGAUUGGAAAAUCUGUCGGCACAUAGAAACAAAAUUUUCCGGCUCAGAGACUCUCGAGGGGUUUCCCGUCUAAUACUAGUAUUUCCUCAAUAACUAUACCGCGUUACUGCUAAAUAGUAGUAAUAGAAUAGUAGUUCGAUCAUCAAGGGCCCGAAGCAAACCACUUAUCGAAUUCGACGUGUAGUCUUCGUUCUUAGAGAGAGAGAGAGAGAGAGAGAGAGAGAGCAAAGCAGAGAUUCAUCGGAGUUACACGCAGUCUUCGUCGAUCAAUCAAGAUGAGUUUCCUCUUCGGCAACAGGAAGACACCCGCAGAACUCCUACGGGAAAAUAAAAGGAUGCUGGACAAAUCAAUUAGAGAAAUAGAAAGAGAGAGGCAAGGCUUACAAACACAAGAGAAGAAGCUGAUUGUGGAGAUGAAGAAAAAUGCUAAGCAGGGACAGAUGGGAGCUGUUAAAAUCAUGGCCAAAGACCUUAUUAGAACGCGACAUCAGAUUGAAAAGUUUUAUAAGCUAAAAUCUCAGCUCCAGGGUGUAGCUCUUAGAAUCCAGACUUUGAAGUCGACUCAAGCCAUGGGGGAGGCAAUGAAAGGUGUUACAAAGGCAAUGGGCCAGAUGAAUAGGCAGAUGAAUUUGCCAGCACUACAGAAAAUAAUGCAAGAAUUUGAGAGGCAGAAUGAGAAGAUGGAAAUGGUUACUGAGGUCAUGGGAGAUGCCAUUGAUGAUGCGUUGGAAGGGGACGAGGAAGAAGAAGAAACGGAAGAACUAGUGAAUCAAGUUCUUGAUGAGAUUGGAAUUGAUAUGAAAUCUGAGCUUUUGAAUGCACCUUCAUCCGCUGUAGCUGCACCAGCUGCAAAAACUAAGGUCGCACAAGCUGAAGCGACGGGAAAUGACGACACUGGGAUAGACAGUGAUUUACAGGCAAGGUUAGACAAUUUGAGAAAAAUGUAGUCUACUGGUGGUAGGAAAAUGAACAUCCGGUAAGCCCUUGUAAUAUUUGUGGAAACUAUGUCGAGUCAGUGCUUUGGUACUGUUUGUCUUGUAAUGAAACUGCUUUUGGGUGCUCCGUAAUACCUUAAUAUAAAGUCCAUUUUAGAUGCUUUA